GUCAGCCCCGGGUUUAUCGGCGCGCAGGCGCGGAGGCGGAGAGAGUGACCCAGAGGCCUUGAGGAGGAGGAGGAGGAGAUCGGGAAAGAUUUUAUCAUGUCUUCCUCCGUGAUUGUCAAGCCUGUGAUGAGAGGCCUGUUGGCCAAACGUUUGCGAUUGCAUUUAGUUGUGGCGUUUGCAGUGUCUUUUUCAGCAGCUGCUUUCAUCAAGUAUGCAGUAACUGAACCCAAGAAGCAGGCAUAUGCUGACUUCUACAAGAAGUAUGAUGCUAUGAAGGAGUUUGAAGCAAUGAGAGAAGCUGGUAUAUUUGAAAGUGUGAAACCAAAACAUAAAUAAUGGCCUAAAUAUGAAGAUAUUUUGACUGUCUCCCCAUCAUUCUUCGUUUGAACUGAAGACAAAGGCUUUCUGUGCUUGGACAUAAAUAAAAUAUUUCCUGUUGACCUUAA